GCCUUUAAGAUCCGCAACUUAAAUUUAGAGGGCUAGCCGGCGGCAUGUUUCAAGCUAAUACAAUGGUUAUUCAUAGACUGCUUUCCCACCUCAAGAAGCAGUUAUGCAUGUCAACAGGUACUAAACCUUGCGCUUUACACUAGCACUUAAGCUACUGUUUCAUUUUCUGCGGGCAGCGGUUUGAAAGGAUGAAUGUUAUGAGCAUCCCCUUUGAAACAGGGCGGUGGGUUGCGCUAUCAAGCUCUUGCUAUUAUACUGUCUAAUGUCCUACCUAGGUUAAACAACAAAAAAGAAAAAUACACUAUGAACUACCUCAUCCAAAUUUUCUAAUCCCCCAUUUCGAACUGCGCUUUUGUACGUCUCUGUCUCCGUUUGAGACACUAGUAAUGCGACCUCUUACGUUCGUUUCUGAAACCUGCUAAAACAUGUCGGCGUACACAAGCGUCCCACGUGUGUAGUUCGGUCCACGGGUAAGUCGGUCUUAUAUGUUCUCUGUUUCGUUUACAGCAACCCACGAGUAAGGACCCGUCAUGGCGCAGACGUCGCUUAUACGGCAGCUGCAGAAGCUAGCGGCACCACAAACGUCGCUGCUCAAGGAGACGAAAACUCGCGUCUCCUUCCUCUUCGACCCGCGAGAGGCGGCUGCCCUUGACGUCGACACUGCGUAUGCCAUAGGCACGACAGGGUUAGAGGAGUUGUCAACGCUCAAUGAGGCCUUCUCGAGCUUCGAGGAGAACCUUUUCUCGGAGAACGCCAAGUUCUUCGAGCGGGCUGUCAAGAGCCGCGAGGAGAACGCCAUCCUCGAUGGCCAGAUUGAGGACUUCCUGCUCCAUCUGUCACCUCACUUCCUGCUGCGGCCAGCUCACAAAGCCCUUGAGUGGCUGGUGUACAGGUUCCACGUGCACGAAUACAACGUGGACGCACUGCUGCGUUGCAUUCUGCCGUUCCACGAAACGCGCGUCUUUGCCCGUGCCCUGCAGCUGCUUGACCUGUCAAGCAAUACCUCCAAGUGGCACUGGCUCCACUUCCUUCAGAAACCCGGCCUGUCCUUAACGAAGACGGCCCUGGUGACACAGUGCACUCGAGACCCAGGCACACUCAAGUUUGUGUGCGAAGUUCUUGUUGCCAUGGGAAAGGUGCACUCGGAGAACGCCGUGGCACUACGUCCUGCCAUUGGCCUGUACGCAUCCACAGUUCUGGGCACGCUGGAGGCGAUGAAGAAAAUCACGGACCAGACCGUGGCAAUGAUGCUUCCCUACAUUCUCAAGGGCCUGGCAUCAUCAGUCACUCCCGACCACCGCGCCGCCACCUACCUCGUGGUCGGCCAGCUGGCCCGGCGCUCGGUUCUGAACCGAGAAUUUGCACAGGAGCUGCUCGUCCGCGUUGCCAAGAGUCUGAAACCUCUGAGCAACUCAGGCGCAAGCCUCUCAGGCGGCCUUCUGUGCCUGCUGGUGCUGAUGACCCUGCAAGGCAUCGAGGAGUUGCCCAAAGCUUCAUUUCAAGCGCUGGUCAAGCACAAGAAGUCGCUCGUAGCCGCACUGGAGGAGCUGUCAUCCAAGCAUUCAGUGUCGCCCAUCCUGAAGCCACUCCUAGCGCAGCUGACCAAGUCCGUGCUGGGGUCACCCUGCAGUGAAGACGAGGAUGCCGGCAAGAAGGCUGCCGUCCUCAAGGCUCUAAUCCAACUUGCCUUGUCACUGGACAAGUACUCCGACUUUGUCGUAUGCUUGUUCUUCGACACUUAUAUCGAGCUCCAUGCAAGCACAAAAACAAGCGAUAGCGGCGAAGCGACGGAUCCUGCGAGUGAUGAAGCAGUUCUUGACAUAAUGAAAAUGCUGCGUCAAAGGUGUCCUGACGAGGUGGACGCCUGUCUGGAGCGCCACCUGUGCGGCGACAACGAGCAAGCACGUCUGGCAGCGGAGCAGCUUACCCGCACCAACGCCUUUGGUCGGGAGCACGCCCUGGUGGAGGCUACGGGAAGCGCUCUCUUUCUAGCACUGAACAGUGCUAGCAAGCACCACCGGGUGGCAGCCGUACGUGAACUGGUCACCGCUCUCCAGAAAAAGCAGGACGUCGACGAAAAGUUUGCUAGAGAAUCGCUACGGAGCCGUUUGGCAGACACAGAGCCGGAAGUGGUACAAGCGGUGCUUGCACUUGGCAAGGACCUCUGCAACUUUGUGGAGCAAAGCUUUGUCCUUGGCAUCUUGAGACGAAUCCUGUUUGAGCCUAUGGAGGACAGCAAGAACUGGUUUGACCUUCGUACCCGAGCAUUGGCAUUUGUGUGUGAUGACUUCUGCUCUGUUGUGGACGAGGGUCAGCUGCUGGCAACACUGCUUCCCUUUCUAAUGCCAACGAAGAGGUCAGAGGUGUCGCUUGCCCGAGUGGCAUAUGCGAGUCGAGCCCUCCAGCGGUUUCCGAUGUUCAAGAAUGUCACCACCGACAAGAGAAUGACAUCUGCAUUGGAAGCUGAGGACCUAGACACCAUCACGGAAUUGCUGCUGGCCGACAUUGCUGAGGCUGUUGGGAAGAUAGACCAGCCUCUUGUUGUGGUGAAGACACUGGAACAAGUGUGCUUCCCGAGCACAGGGUAUGCAGCAGCGCAGCUUAGGUGCAUCUGCGGCUCCCUCCUGAAUGCUCUGGCGUCCUCAGCGAAGGACACAGAAGUGUUUCGUGAAGCACUGCACUUUUACCAGCGACUACUGGCUGAAAAGGCAGCUUGCGGCGAGUAUGACUUUGCUGUGGCUGCAGUUCGGGACGGGUGCAUUCCCUCUGCCAUGAUCAUCAGUGGCCUGUCGGCAGUCAUCAGUGGAGUGGAACCUGUGGCGGCUCUACAAGGAAAUCCGAUGUGGGUCCUCAAACAGCAAGACGAAGGCACCCGUACUACGUUGGACCUCCUCACCAGCAUUUUUGAGAUGGUCGCAGAGAAUUCGAUCGUCAAGAGCACCUGCCGGUUACAUUUUCGCCAGCUGCUGCAGAAAUUCUUCAAGGUCCACUGCCCUAGCCUCAAGCACCAGGUGCACUUUUUAAGUGGCCUGUGGUUGCUGCACCUGGAUGCCGACUGCAGUGCUUCCAGCAUCGAUUCCCAGGGGGUGCCAGUUAUCCACCACAAAGAGAGGCUUCAGUCACUGGCCCUUGCAGUUUCGAUUCAGUUGUUGCGAGAAGCGGAGGACAUCAAGUGGAUUCUGGCUGAAAAGAACCUGGUGUUCCUGUCCAUCAUCCUGUCGCUGCUGUCACCAAUACAAGGAAUUCGAGAUCUGGCUGUCAGCUUGGUGGAGGCAUCAGUGGCCUGUUCCCACAAGGGACGCAGUGGACUCCAUUCUCUCUUUCAGCUGAUUACCAAACAUGCUGCUGACGUAUCUGUGGGCACAAAGAAGCUGCUGAAACUCAUCGCUUCCUGGGACACCACCUUGAAGAAGCCAAACACGUUGCUGGCGCUGCUGAACCACGAACAGGUUCCCGUUGCGAUGAGGUGCGGCGUACUGAAACUGGUGUCGCGCAUCGACUCCAAGGCCAUGCUGGAGGCAGCUGUGAAAGUGAUCACAGCGACGCUUGGUCCUGAAGCUCGCGACAUCGCACCCACGUCGUCACUACCUGCUGCUGAGGCACAUCUGCUCGAGGCUUGCUUUGCAAAGUACAACUUGGGGGCAGUUCAUCGACUGGCUGACAUCGAAGGCGCUGUAGAGACAUUGGAAAAUGCACUGCGCAGCACAAAGACGUGCCAGGGCUGUGAUUCCGUGGCUACCAUGGCACUUCAAGUGGUGAACAAGGACUUGGUGAAGAAACUUCCCCAAGAGAAUCAGGUGGCGCUGCUUGACACUCUCGUUGACCUGGCCCUUGACACGCCACCUGCCGUUCAGCAUUCGGCAGUGCUCAGAGCAUUGCGCAAGGUGUGUUCCUUCGGCAGCCUUCUCGUGGAACCUCUGCAGAGGACUAGCACGUCGCGGCAGAGCCCAGCCAAGACGGUUCGGGAAGCUAAGAAGAUGAGGCUGAUGGAUGCGUCGGAAGAGCAGGACCCGGCUGAGUCACCCCAGUGGAAGCGCAUCCUCAUCCUGCUGGAGAUGAUCCAGAGCCGAAAGUCGAUUGAAGACGUCUCGUGCCUCGUGGCGCCCUUGUACGCCCUGCUCAAGAGGAGCCUUGAGCUGGACCAGUCACCACACGCCGAAUACUUGCGCCAAUGCGUGCUGACAUGCCUGCAGGCGCACGGCCUGUCUGCGCCACGGCACGAGCUGGCCACCCUUGUUAAGUGCCUGCGUCAUUCGCAGAGUGCUCAGGCCCAGCAACUCUCCUUGGUCCUGCUAAACCUCGCCGCCCAAAAGUACCCCGAGGAAGUUCUCCACAAUGUAACCUCGGUGUUCACCUUCAUGGGGGCCAGCCUUCUGCGACUGGACGACAACUACAGCUUCCAGACAGUCAUGCAGACGGUUGAAACGGUCGUGCCUGCCCUGCUUCAGGCUUGCGCUGGCGAGAGCAAGUCGGCCGAGGCCUCGGAAAGUGCAGUGGCAUCGGUGACCCGGGUGUUUGUCGGGGCCUUCCUGGACAUUCCCGAGCAUAGACGAUUACCACUUUUCACAAAGCUGGCCACAACCCUGGGCGCUAGUGACCAUCUUUGGGUCCUGGCGGCACAGAUGGGCGAGCACCACGUCACAAAGAUGGUGGCCGCCAUGGAGACGGAUGAGUCUACAUCAAACAUCCUUGAAUUUGGCCUGUCCCUGUGUGGCCAGUUCGAGGUGCCCGUCCAGAUGCAGACGAUGACGCACCUGCUCAGUUUUGCUGCCACUUUGCCUGCCAUCAAAGAUAACAGCAAUGAGCCCCCAAGCCACCCCGAAGUGUUUGACCUGCGACUCUACUCGGACAAGCAGCUGCAGCGGUUCCGACUGAGUGUUGCCAACUUUGUGGCCAAUCUUCUGGGCUCGUCAACCUUCCUGGGCCAGAUGGCAGCACUGCAGGGUGGUAAGGGAGAUCAGGGCACAACAGAGGCCCUCUGCGGGCCUUGCCUGUCGGCCUGCUUGCAGUUCGUGCAGCACGUAAGCCGCUGGAGUCACAGCCCUACCAAGACCCCUUACCAGGAGCGUGUCUGGAAGGCCUUGUUGUCAAAGCUUCACGACGUCGUUCACAAGGUGAAUGGGCUGCUCCCGAGUGGGCAGUUUGUAUCCGUGGUUCGGUCGCUGAUGUGCCACGAACUUUCAUCCAUCCGGCGCAGCGCCAUGGACAUGCUGAAUGAGAAGCUGGCUGCCAAGGAUUACUUUGCAGUGGAGGAUACGCAGUCCCUGUUGGAGCUGGUUCCCAUGCUGCUGCAAAUGGCUCGUGGCAAAUCUUCGUCCACUGUGCCAGUGAAGCCAGCUGACGGUGACAAAACCUCUCGAGCCACUUCCAGCGAGGAAGCAGCACUCAACCGUCAGACGGCGUUGUUGUCACUCAAGCUUCUGAUCCGGACGCUGGGCGCCGAGCAUCGCGACGCUUUCGCCGAGGUGUACGAUUUGGCUCACGAGCUGCUGUCUGACGAGCGGUUAAACCCUUUGCUGAUGAGCAGUGCACUGCUGUGCUUUGCCGAGUUGUGCCACAGCCUGCCGACGCCCACCAUUGCUCAUUUUGGCCGUCUCAUGCCACCCUUCCUCAACAUCCUGCAGGAACAGAGCAAGGAAGGGUCAGAUGUCGUUACAAUGGCACUCAUCACAGCCCUGCAUCGCCUGGUCGAAAGCCUGGCACCAUUCCUGAGUGCUUACUUGACCACAAUCCUGGUUCAGGUGUGCCUGAUGCACGUGUCAUGCACGAAGGAGACUGGCAGUGGAAUCCUUGGCCAGCGGCUGGAGUCCAUAUCGACGCACAUUGCUCACCACGUGCCAGCUCGUGUCCUCAUCCCAGCGAUCGAAGAAAGCUUCCACAAGCUCAGCCAUUCGGCAGCUGCCCUAGCCCCCCUGAUGUCUGUGCUAGGCGAGUUCAUUACCUCCAUGGAGAAGGCUGACCUAAAAGGACAUCUGCCCCAACUUCAAGAGCUGGUCCUCCAGCUGCUGUCCUUCCGUCGGGACAACCCGCAGAUGGAAGAUUCAGAAGUUGACACCGUCGAGACCGGCAUAGUUGGUGUUGUGACGUCUCUGUCCUUCAAGCUUUCAGAGGUCACAUUCCGCCCAUUCUUUUACAAGAUAUACAACUGGGCUGCUGUGGAGGAACCAGAUAAGAACAAGGUCCUCACAUUUUACCACCUCACUGAAAGGUUAUCAGAAAUGCUCAAGAGCCUGUUUGUGCUGUUUGCUGGCGUCUUUGUGGAGCAUGGGGCUGACUUGUUGGUGGCGACGAACUCUGCCAAGACAGAGGAAGACUAUUUUGAUAAUGAGGCCAAAAGCUGUCGCCUGCUGAACCAUGUUCUGGCAACUCUGACGGCGUGCUUUCAUCAUGGAGGCAAGCAGUUUCUGACCCGCGAGAGGGCUGCAUUCUUGCUUAAGCCAUUGGUGAACCAGGUGGAGAAUGAGCUGGGUGGCGAGGAGGUGACGCAGAAGCGAGUGGAGCGACACCUGGUGCCUUGCUUGGCCAGCUUUGCUGCCGGCUGCGAGGACGCCACCCGGAAGGAGUGGCACCAGAAGCUGCUCUACCAGAUGCGCAACUCUUCGGCACAGGUACGCUACACAACGCUGCUGGCAUUCCGCGAGGCGGUGCGGAAGCUGGGUGAUGACUACCUGUCCUUCUUACCUGAGGCUGUUCCAUUCCUGGCUGAGCUUAUGGAAGAUGAGAGCACAGAAGUGGAAAGCCUGUGCCAAGACGUCAUCCUUGAAGUGGAGCAGAUCCUCGGUGAACCACUAAUGAAAUAUUUUUAAUAUGCAAUAAAGUUAACUCUGAACAUGA